AUGAACAAGCUUAACAUGGUGGAUCACAGCAUGGGCGCAGAGCACUGGGGUGGAACCUACAGAGGGUCUGAUAGUCGGCCUCUCAACCAAAUCGAACGCACUCGGCGCACAUCGAUCGAAACAUCUUCCAUGCAGAAGGCAAAGGCCAGCAAGACUGUCGAAGAUCUGGAUACCACAGUGCCAUUUCGGUGCAGAUUGGAGUUCAUUGAGGCACUGGCUGCGUUGUCGGCCGUUUUCAGUGAGGACAUGUCGCUCCGUGUAACGGGAGCUAGUCAGUCCGUCGCCCAUAUCCCCUGUAGCGCAGCGGAGCCGGACCGGUGUGAGUGGUUUUUCAACAACAUCCGAUACCGUCACACGCUCAGUCGAAAGAUCAUCGCCUUCCUCCCGGCAGGCACAGCAUCGAAUGAAGCACUGCACGCAGAAGUGAAGUCAUG